AAUUUACUGUUUAGUUCUAAAAAAUCGAAAGUGAAGGAGACGAAAACAAACAUAAUGGCGACCGGAGAAAAUCAUCACAACCUUAUAAAAUACCUUAAUUACGUUAACUUUUCUACCAUACCGAAUGAGGUACUAGAGGAUGAUGAAAUUAAAGUCCUCCACUUAAAAAGAAAUUUAUUUAAAACCUUGCCGAAAGACAUUUCAAAGAUGGCCAAUUUAGUAGAGCUCAAUUUGGGCUCGAAUCAAAUCUCUAGUCUUCCAAAAGAGUUUAGUAUGGUGAUGAACCUUGAGAGAUUAGACCUGCAGCAAAAUAAACUUCAUUGCGUUCCUGAUAGCAUAUUUGCUUUACCAAAACUGAAAUGUUUGAAUUUAUUUUCCAAUCAAAUUACAAGUAUUGGCAAAGAUAUAGCUUGUCUGCAAAGUUUGGAAAAACUGGUGUUAGCAAAUAAUAAACUUACAUCUUUCUCAAGAUAUUUAUGCUCAUGUAAGAAUCUAAAAGAAGUUGACUUGUCAAAUAAUAAAAUACGAAUCAUUCCUAAAGAGAUCGUUCUUUUGGCGAAACUUGAAGACUUGUUGCUUAGUUACAACAACAUUCAACUCUUAACGUUUAAUUUUAGCCGAAUGAAAAAUUUAAAGUCGAUUGAUUUAUAUCACAACGAGAUAAUAGUAUUGCCUGCUGACUUAUGCAAAGUAACAGAUAAAGAAAUAACAUUAAAGUAUGCUUGUAAAAGAGUAACUAUAGAUAAUACUGAAAUUAAACGGCUUGUUAAAGUUAAUUUUGGCGUCCAAUGCAUCUGUGCUGAUGAAGCGCCGUUGGCAUUAAAAGAGCUCUCGUGUAGGGUGAUUGGACAAUUUAACAUUCUUGAGCUUAGUAAUUUACCGAAUGAUUUAUUAUCUAUCAUAAAAUGUUGUUCGGCGACUUGCUAUGAAUGUGAGAGAGACAUUUAUUGUUCGGCGUUUUAUACAAUUCUAGAGUUGCAGGCAAAUGAGAUAUUAAUUGAAAAUGUGGAAACUAAAUUGAUUUUUCUGUUUUGUUCUCUUCGAUGUGCUCAAAUCAGCACCUUGUUAAGUUACUAAUUUCUCUCUGCCACUUCCAAUUUUUUGUUACUGUCAGUUUUUUUAGUACUUCGGAGGUUCGAGUUUAUGCGAGUUUUUAUAGGAGUUAUGUCGACUUCACUUGAACAUUUCGACUACUUUCAAUUUAUGAGUUUCUUCGAUAAGAUAGUAUGAUCAGAGAGUAUCUUUCAUAACCACCUGUACAUCAGUGAUGACAAAAUUUCAGAAUUUAAACUUUAUUAUUAUGUCAACUAGAUUUAGCGACUAGAUUUAGCAACUAUUAUUUUUGCCGAUUUUUUUGUGUCCAAUUUUUAA